UCAUGAGGUUUAUGAUUGAUUUCCGGUGUCUGUGAAAUUACUUAGCUAGCCAGUUGCGGUAUACCUUUUUUGUUUUGACCAGUGGUGAUUGCAACGUCUUUAAAACGCACAUUUUGAAAUUGUUCACAUAAAUGGGCAAUUUUUGAACAGGUACUUGUCUGAAUUUUCGUUCAGGGAAGGCAACUGGAUAGUAGCUAGCUAGCUACCUACCUUUUGGCUUUCAAGCUAGUGAUGCCAGUGAAUGGCACAUGCAACACUUGUUGUGGGACUGACCUAGACGGCGAAGUUGCACCUCCAUGAGUAAUGAACCUGAACCCAUUCUGGAGCAUGUCUACCAAUACUGGUCGUAAGGUAAGGGAGCGCUCUUCCUCUUCUGCACUGAAAGCCAACUUCUGUCAAGUUCACCCAACACACAAGCGAGAAGAGAGACAAAAAAACAGGAUCUUCAAAAGUUCCCAAAGAGACCCCCACACACUGAAAAGAUCUGACGGUGAGGAACAGAGUGGAGAGCAGCAGCAACAAAGAGCCAGUCCAGCCCGUCCUAGCUUUGGGAAGAAGCAGCUUCCCUCCAUCCCCAAGAAUGCAGUCCCUAUCACCAAGCCGGCCUCUCCUGCCGCCACGGCCCAGUUGGCCAACGGAACACAUGCCUCCUACGGUCCAUUCUACCUGGAGUACUCGCUGCUGGCUGAGUUCACGCUAGUGAUCAAGCAAAAACUUCCUGGAAUCUAUGUGCAGCCAUCCUACAAAUCAGCAUUGAUGUGGUUCGGGGUCAUUUUCAUCAGACAUGGCUUGUACCAGGAUGGAGUCUUCAAGUUCACUGUGUAUAUUCCAGAUAACUAUCCUGAUGGUGAAUGUCCUAGAGUGGUGUUUGAUAUCCCAGUCUUCCACCCACUAGUGGACCCUGUUUCAGGAGAGCUUGAUGUCAGGAGAGCCUUCACCAAGUGGAGCUCUGUUCCUCAUGGCCUGUUUCUUCAGCUGGACAGUGACACAGUCAUGCGUAAUCACAACCACAUCUGGCAAGUCCUGAUGUAUGCACGCACGGUGUUCUACAAGAUCAACACUAUGGAACCACUCAACCCAGAAGCUGCUGUGCUUUUUUUCAGGUACGACAAGGAUGUGCAGUUGUUCAAAAGCAAGGUGGUAGACAGCGUCAAACUAUGCAACAGUCACCUCUUCGACCAACCCAAGAUGGACGAUCCUUAUGCAAUAAGUUUCUCUUCAUGGAACCCAGCGAUCCACAACGAUGCGAAGGAACGGAUGUUCACACAUAAAAGACGGCCUGAGGAUCACCAGAAGGGGCUGCAGGUGUCAGGACUGUCUUGGGUGAAGCCUGGAUCCACACAACCCUUCAGCAAAGACGACAACCCUCCCCUGAGCUGAGCUGAACCUGCAGUCCUAGUCAGCAGCCACUAGAGGAAGAUGCAGAGCAGAAUGCCACGCCACAGACUAGCUUCAGCAGCCAUUCAGUCGUUUGAAUAGGAACUGAACAGGUUGAAUGGACUUAAUUUUACAUUUCAACACUUGCACUCAGCUUUAAAAGCAUUAUAGGCAUCUUGUGCUCAAACAGCUAUAGAACAAAAAUGUGUAUAAUAUGUUAGUCAACCAGUUGUCAUUGUUGAUUUACUAAGUAACACCGGCUACAAUGCAAUCGGUGCUUUUUCCCUUUAUUUUCUUCUCUGCUCUUUGCACAUGCUUGGGUUUGGUCAAUGAAGAUAACCACUCAAAGCUGGUUGAAAGGUGAGAAUAAAAAUCAGCAUUAAUUAUAGAUAUACUGUAUGAGUGGACUGGAUUCAUGACUGCUUGUUAAGGUGUGGUCAGGACAGUUAAUUAUUGGGACUUGGAAUGUUUUUCAAUGACUUCAGACUGAAGAUGGACUCUAACCUUGGGUAUAAUUUUUUCCCCCAAACAUGUUUGACUGAAAUAAAAUUGAACCAACACUACAUUUUUGGGGUGGGGGGGAAUUUGCAUCCUUUUGGAUUAUGGUUUGGUAUCUUUUUCUUUACUGUGUAAACUACAAGCAAGAUGGGUAAUAUAUUUUGCAGGUAUGAAUAUUUUAAUGAAUAUGCUAAGUUAAAUCACGGCUAUCUUUACGUUGCUUUUACAUAAUUUUGAAUAUUCUAUUUACCCUUAUUGAGCUGAUUAAAGGUUUGUCUAAAUAAAAAUGUGCUGUGGGAAUGGCAGCCCUCAACACACAUUGUUUUGCUCAAGCUUUUGGCUACUUGGCACUAUAUUGCUGUGAAAUUAAGUAAACACAUGCUGUCUGGACUGUUGAAUUUGGUAAAACAAUGCAUAUGUGGACUUCUCAGUUUAACGUUCCUAUAUGGAACCAAAUCUUCAGUCAACAGUUUAUGCUGUAUAGGUAGUGAGUUUGGAAAGCUUUUCUUUGAAAGGAAAUAAACAUGACAAUGCAUACCAA